AUGAUGAUGAUGAACUUCAGUUUUCAACUUGUUCAUAUCUUGUUCUCUCUUUCCUUCUUUCUUAUCAUUUCACUUUCACAACCCUCUAACAACCAGUUUUGUGAAGCUGGAAUUGGAUAUGGAGAAUCUUCCUGUGGAACUCCAAUCCCAUCAUCAUCCAACAAGUUGUUGAUCAAAGGUGGCACUGUGGUCAAUGCUCAUCACCAACAAGUUGCUGAUGUUUAUGUAGAAAAUGGAAUCAUUGUUACUGUACAGCCAAAUAUUGUGGUUGAAGAAGAUGUAUAUGUGAUUGAUGCCACCGGGAAGUUUGUGAUGCCAGGAGGCAUUGAUCCUCACACUCACCUAGAGAUAGGCUCUUUGGGCAUUGAAUCAGUAGAUGACUUCUUCAGUGGUCAGGCUGCAGCAUUAGCCGGUGGAACAACUAUGCAUAUUGACUUCAUUAUACCGGUUGAUGGCAAUUUAACAGCCGGCUUUGAAGCCUAUGAAAAUAAAGCAAAGAAGUCUUGCAUGGAUUAUGGUUUCCAUGUCGCAAUUACCAAAUGGAACGAAGACGUUUCAAGGGAUAUGGAGAUCAUGGUCAAGGAUAAAGGCAUCAACUCUUUCAAGUUUUUCAUGGCAUACAAAGGAAUUGUUAUGGUCAAUGAUGAGCUUCUUCUUCAAGGACUUAAGAGAUGUAAGUCCCUUGGUGCCUUAGCCAUGGUUCAUGCAGAAAAUGGAGAUGCAGUUGAAGCAGGGCAAUUGAAAAUGAUAGAACUCGGAAUAACUGGCCCUGAAGGUCAUCCUCUUUCAAGGCCUGCAUUGUUGGAAGGAGAGGCAACUUCUCGUGCUAUUCGCUUAGCAGAUUUUGUGAACACUCCUUUAUAUGUGGUCCAUGUCAUGAGCAUAGAUGCGAUGGAAGAAAUUGCGAAGGCUCGGAAAUCAGGACAAAGGGUAAUUGGAGAGCCUAUUGUUUCUGGUUUAGCCCUCGACGAUUCUUGGCUUUGGCAUCCUGACUUUAAGACCGCGGCAAAGUAUGUCAUGAGUCCUCCUAUUAGGAGUAAGGGGCAUGAUAAGGCCCUUCAAGCUGCCCUUGCAACAGGGAUUUUGCAGCUGGUAGGAACUGAUCAUUGUACCUGGAAUUCCACCCAGAAAGCUCUUGGAGUCGACGACUUCCGCCAAAUUCCAAACGGCGUCAAUGGUAUUGAAGAAAGAAUGCACUUGGUAUGGGACACCAUGGUGGAAUCUGGCCAAAUAUCGGUCACCGACUACGUUCGAGUGACGAGCACUGAAUGUGCUAGAAUCUUCAAUAUAUAUCCAAGGAAGGGAGCUAUUCUUCCCGGUUCCGAUGCAGAUAUUAUCAUCCUGAAUCCAAACUCGAGUUUUGAGAUAACUGCAAAAUCUCACCACUCCAGAACUGAUACAAAUGUUUAUGAGGGAAGAAAAGGAAAGGGGAAAAUUGAAGUGACUAUAGCAGGAGGAAGAGUAGUUUGGGAAAAUAAUGAAUUGAAGGUUGUUCCUGGUGCUGGAAAAUACAUAAAAAUGGCUCCUUUUAGUUAUCUGUUUGAUGGAUUGGACAAAAAAGAUGAAAUUUGUCUAAAUUCCCUUCAUGCUCCAGUCAAGAGAGCCAAAUCUAAGACUUGA